AUGCUGGAAACACGUGUCCAGCGUGAACACAAAAUCGUACAAAGCAUUCAAAGUCUUUUACGUAACCGAUCAGAUAUUGUGAUACGUCGUACAGAUAAAAGUAAAGUAUUCUAUAUUGGUAAUGCAACUGAUUUUGCAGGAAAAGCCGAAGAAUAUAUGUUAAAAACAAAUGCUUGUCAAGAAGUUCAAAAUAGUCGUUCACAGAAAGCUGUCACCUUCCAACAAUAUAAGAAAAUAUCUCCGAAUACAAACAAAUUAGAACUCGGUCAUUAUCAUGGUCUACCAAAACCACAUAAACCUGGUACACCGUUACGUCUUAUUAUUGCGUCGAUUCAUGCGCCAGCAACAUUGGUGUCGAAAUUUUUGAAUGAUCUGUUAGCACCUAUAUAUUUGAAUGUUGCUCGUGAAGUGACAUUUAUUAAUGGCAUUGAUGUAAUUAGAAAAUUAGAAAAGCACGUUUUGGAUGGUCACUUUCAAGCUACAACAAACUUUAUCGUAAUUGACGUGACUGAUCUCUAUAGGAUGAUACCUCGAGAAGGUGCAUUACAUGCGCUGAUGCGGUUGCUCAAAAAGCAUUCAGAUCAUGGAAAAAUUGGUACAUUAUCCAUUGAUGCUAUUAUGAGAAUGGCUCGUUUAGUAUUAGAUACGAAUUGUUUUGCUUAUGACAAUAAAUAUUAUAAACAAACUCGUGGUGGUGCUAUGGGUUUCACAUUUACACAAGCACUGGCUAAUAUCUAUAUGCAUGAAUGGGAGCAAGAUUUAAUCCAACACCAGGUAGUACACAAUGGAAUAUACGGCAGGUACAUCGAUGAUAUAUUCAUGACCACCAACCAGAACAGAGAUGCAAUUAAAAUACAAUUCGAAAAAGUUGCCAAAAAAAAUAUCAAUAUUAAAAUUAAUUUUGAAAUUGAUACAUCAGUUAACUUUUUUGAUGUUACUAUAAACAAUGAGGAUGGUUGUUUAAAAACAUAUCUUUAUCAUAAAACAACGGCUGAACCUUAUAUACUACCAUAUACAUCCGAUCACCCACGACAUGUUCAUCGCAAUAUACCUUAUGCUGCUUUAUUACGUGCUGCUCGAAUUUGCUCCGAUGUAUAUGACUUCAAUAGAGAACGUAUUCGUAUCGAUAUUUCACUAUUACUAAACAAUUAUCCUCCAAAUUUUAUAAGGAAACAAUUCGAUCGAUUCUUCCAAGUAAAUAAUGCCAUGCCUGUUCUGGAUGAAUCGAAUUCUCAAGUUUAUCAUCGACUUCAUCAACAAUUAUUGCAUUAA